AUGGCGUCCUUGCUACAGUCGCUGGGCGACUUACCACGGCGCCUGGCAGAGUUCCUCGACCGGCCUGGCUUUCCCUGGAAGAAGGUCAUCUUAGGCUUCUCAGUCGGCCAAUUUGUCCUCGAAGGGCUCCUCUCAUUACGGCAGUACCGAGUACUCCAGCACACGAAGCCACCCAAGGCACUACAAGAAGAGAUCUCCCAAGAAACCCACGACAAGUCACAGGCAUAUGGUCGCGCCAAAGCAAAAUUUGGUUUCAUCUCCGGUCUCUAUUCGCAACUUCAGAACUUUGUCUUCAUCCAGUAUGACGUCCUGCCGAAGCUAUGGUCGCUCACAGGUCUCUGGUCGGCAUACCUGCCUCAGAGAUUCUCUGGCGAGAUCUCACAUUCGGUGCUCUUCUUCCUGACUUUCAACGUCAUCUCACAGAUACUUUCUCUUCCGACAUCGUACUAUAGCACCUUUGUACUCGAGGAGAAAUUUGGAUUCAACAAGCAGAAACUAUCGCUAUGGUUCACAGACAUGCUCAAGUCACAGGCAUUGAUGGUUGCUCUUGGCCCACCUAUACUGAGCGCAUUCCUCAAGAUCAUCCAGGUUACCGGCACAAAGUUCUUCUACUAUCUAUGGCUCUUCACCAUCGCGGUACAAAUCUUCGCUAUGACCGUCUAUCCAGUAUUCAUCCUCCCACUCUUCAACAAGCUCUCACCACUGGAGCCCGGCGAGCUCAAGACCGGCGUCGAAGCUUUGGCUCAGAAGCUCAAAUUCCCUCUCAACUCCCUGUACGUCAUUGACGGCAGCAAGCGAAGCGCACACAGCAACGCCUACUUCUUCGGACUGCCCUGGAAGAAGCACAUCGUCAUCUAUGACACUCUGAUCGAAAAGAGCGAAACCGAAGAAGUUGUAGCAGUCCUUGGCCACGAGCUAGGCCACUGGGCCCUUUCCCACACCACCAAACUUAUGAUCAUCGCCCAGCUACACACCUUCUACAUCUUCGCCCUCUUCUCAAUCUUCAUCAACAAUAAUUCGCUGUAUUCCUCGUUCGGCUUCCACAACCAACACCCGAUUAUCAUCGGCUUCAUCCUUUUCUCCGACGCCCUUGCACCCAUGGAUACUAUCGUCAAGCUCGGCAUGAAUAUCAUCUCAAGGAAAUUCGAAUUUGAAGCAGAUAAAUUCGCGCUCGAUUUGGGGUAUAAGAAGGAGUUGGCGAAGAGUCUGAUUAAGCUGCAGGUGCAAAACUUGAGUACCAUGGACGCGGAUUGGAUAUACGCGACCUAUCACUACAGCCAUCCGAUCUUGGCUGAACGAUUGCAAGGCCUGGGGUGGGUCAGCACUGGGAAGGUCACAAAGGAGGAUGAGAAGUCGGAGGUGACGAAGGCGGCGGAUCGCGAGCUGUAG